GCGCCAUGCAGGGCUUGAACCAGUAACCACACGUAGUUUCUCCUCAUUCCUUCACUUCUGAUCAACGAGCUGCCUGGAAGCGCUUCCUUCAGUUUUCCUGAGGCUUCAGCAGCUACACAGGACCAUGUCUCAGACUGGCGGGCUGGUGAACACGGACAUCACAGCCAAGAGGAACGAGUUCUAUUUCUAUCCCCCCAAGUUCAUAGACAACUUCUUCAGGAGGUCCUGCAAGGAUGAGCGGGACAUGCCUCUAAUCUACCUCUUCUUCAACAUCACAUGCCUGACGCUCCCAGGGGCUGCUCUGGUGUUUUAUCUUGGGACCAACAUGGCAGGAGCCAUCUACUUCCUCAUCAACCUCUUCACCUUCCAGGAGCGAUUCACACUUGGCCUGCACUUUGCAUCGCAUCGCAGUCUGUUCCGCUCGCCAUGGCUCAACGGCUGGGCGCCGUACGUGCUCUCCCCGUUCUUUGGCAUUCCCAGCGGCAUCUACUUCAUUCAUCAUUGCAUCAUGCACCAUGUUGAGAACAACGUCUUCCCCUGGGACGUCAGCUCCACUGAACCAUACCAGAGAGACAACUUUCUGCACUUUCUGCACUACUGGAUGAGAUUUCUUUUCGCAAUCUGGUUCGAGUUGCCAUACUAUGCGUGGAGGAGAGGAAGAAAGGAGCUGGCCGUGUACGGAGCAUGCUGCGUGCUUGGAUUCAUGACCGCGAUGUACUUCCUGUAUCAGGCGAACAGCAUCGCCACAUUCUGGGUGUUCCUCCUGCCGACAUUUGUAUGCUCGCUGCUCCUGAUGUUUGGAAACUGGUCACAGCACAUCUUCGUGGAUCCCAAGAAGCCUGACUGCAACUAUCACCUCACUUACAACAUCAUCAACACACCUCUGAACCAGAAGACCUUCAACGACGGCUAUCACCUGGAGCACCAUGUACAGUCCCGCCGUCACUGGAGUGAGCUUCCUGAGUCGUUCAUGAAGAACAUCGACAAGUACGUUCAAGAGGAUGCAGUUGUCUUCUCGGGUUUGGAUUUCAUGGCUGUUGGGAUGCUCGUCAUCUUCAGGCAGUACAAGGUCCUGGCCAACCGUUUUGUACAGCUCAAGAGCCCUCCUCUCAACCAAAGUCAGAUUGAAACUCUUCUGCGGUCCCGCCUCGUUCCUAUCAAUCGCAAACAGCAGUGAUACAGUCUCUGGCUUGUUCGCCGGCAGGCAUCACAGAGCUUGUUCCUUAUGUUAUUCUUUGAGAGUUUUGUUUCGAGU